UCAGUGCACCCAUAAGAGCUGUGCUAGGGUUGCUUGGAAAAAUGUCCAUGGAUACCUCGCCAUGUUUCAUUUCUUUGCUAAUUUUAGGCCUGGUGGUAACACUAGCAGGUGUUACUCCUCAAGUUGAGGCUAGGGCUUUCUUUGUUUUUGGUGAUUCGUUAGUCGAUAAUGGAAACAAUAAUUACCUUGCAACCACUGCCCGAGCUGACGCCCCACCGUAUGGCGUCGAUUAUCCAACUCGUCGUGCUACUGGACGUUUCUCCAAUGGCCUUAACAUCCCUGACCUCAUUAGUGAGGCAAUUGGCUCGGAACCCACAUUGCCAUACUUAGCUCCCGAGCUCAGGGGAGAAAAACUACUUGUCGGAGCCAACUUUGCCUCUGCUGGAAUUGGAAUUCUCAAUGAUACUGGAGUUCAGUUUCUCAACAUCAUCCGAAUCGGCCAGCAAUUGCAAUUCUUUCAACAAUACCAGCAAAGGGUUAGUGCACUUAUUGGACCUGAGCAAGCUCAGCGACUGGUUAAUGAAGCACUUGUCCUGAUGACCCUAGGUGGCAAUGACUUUGUUAACAACUACUACUUGGUGCCCUUUUCUGCAAGAUCUCGCCAAUUCGCCCUCCCUGAUUAUGUUGUCUAUCUCAUCUCCGAGUACCGCAAAAUCCUAGUGAGGGUAUAUGAAUUGGGAGCACGUAGGAUUUUGGUGACGGGGACCGGACCAUUAGGUUGUGUUCCAGCAGAGAGGGCAACAAGGAGCAGAAAUGGAGAAUGCGCCGUUGAACUGCAGAGAGCAGCUGCCUUGUUCAACCCACAGCUUGUGCAAAUGAUAACUGAACUCAAUAUGGAAAUUGGAUCGGAUGUUUUUAUUGCUGCCAAUGCUUAUGAAAUGAACAUGGAUUUCGUUACUAAUCCUCAGGCAUAUGGAUUUGUGACAUCGCAGGUUGCAUGCUGUGGACAAGGACGUUUUAAUGGGAUCGGAUUGUGCACAAUAGCUUCCAACUUGUGCCCUAACAGAGAAAUCUUUGCAUUUUGGGAUCCAUUCCACCCAACUGAGAGAGCUAACAGAAUCAUCGUCAGCACUAUCGUGACUGGCGACACCAAGUACAUGAACCCAAUGAAUCUCAGCACCAUCAUGGCUUUGGAUUCUAGGGUUUAAUUAUCUAUACCACUACUGGCUAGUCCAGUGCUUAUAAUUGAACAUUAUGAACAAUUAUAUUCUUCAUUAAUAUUGUUUGCACCUUGAUUAGGUGAGGUUGGUGGGUUUGUUCACAGUAUUAAUUAAGUGUUAGCUGAUAUUGGGGUUGCGCAUGUACAGGCUAGAUCCCUCGUUAAUAAUAGUACGAUGAUGGAAAAAUGAUUUGCGAUUU